UUUUUGAUCUUUGUAGUCGCUGUAUAAAGAAGCCCAAACGCAGUUAAUUCUGUUGUCAUCCUGUUAUUCACUGGAAAAUUCUUCCAUUGACAGGCGACAAGUAGCCUAAACUAAACUACUGUACGAGCUAAAUAGGCUUUACUAGGUUACACCUGAUUUGUUACGAGCAUUUAAUGAAUUAGUCCCUGUAUAAUCGCCAUGUGCCGUGCUAUAGGUCUGCCGCGACGUUAAUUAUUCAGGUCCAAGCAUCACUGAAUUGUUUUGUAGGCCGGGACGCAGGUAGGCAGAGGUAAAGUGUUGGGCGAUAGGCACACCAGGGCUGCUUGGACAACGGUGCAUUACACCAAUGUCGGAACUAUCCGCCGUCGGACGACGCAUUUUAAACUUACUGCGGAAACGCUAACGUCGAAGGCAGCUAACAAUGACCAGUGUUUUACGGGAAGCGUCGAUUUCCCUCGUUUGAAGGUUUCUUGUAAACCGCCUACUUUCAACAUGACCUCUACAGACAGCGACUGCUGGGGCGAGUGUCUGGAUGUGGCCGUGCAGAUAGCACGCAAAGCGGGCAAGGUGGUACAGGAAGCUGUAAAACAGGAGAAGCGUGUAAGUAGUAAGAGCACACCCACCGACCUGGUGACAGAGGCUGACCAUCAGGUGGAGGAGCUCAUCAUCUCCACCCUCAGAGAGAAAUUCCCCUCACACAGGUUUAUUGGUGAGGAAUCUUCUGCUGCAGGAGAGAAAUGUGUUCUAACUGAUAGCCCAACAUGGAUAAUAGAUCCUAUAGAUGGCACUUGUAACUUUGUCCAUAGUUUCCCCAUGGUUGCAGUAAGCAUUGGCUUUGCAGUGAAUAAAGAGCUUGAGCUCGGAGUCAUAUACCACUGUUUAGAUGGAGCGUUAUAUACUGGCAGGAAAGGCCAUGGGGCAUUUUGCAAUGGUGUACGACUGCAAGUUUCAAAGGAGAAGGACGUGUCAAAAGCUUUGAUUCUGACAGAGAUCGGGGCUAAGAGAGACCCUCACACACUGGAUAUUUUCUUGGGGAAUAUGAAAAAGCUGCUGAGUGCGCCUGCCCAUGGGGUGAGGAUCAUAGGAAGCUCAACUCUAGCGCUGUGUCACAUAGCUAGCGGUGCAGCUGAAGCCUACUAUCAGUUCGGCCUGCACUGCUGGGAUGUCGCUGCAGCGGCUGUAAUCAUCAGAGAGGCUGGAGGCUGCGUGAUGGACACCACAGGGGGUCCUCUUGAUCUCAUGUCCCGUCGAGUGGUAGCAGCCGGGUCACAGGAGGUCGCAGAUUACAUCGUCCAACAACUCCAGCCAAUCAGCUAUGGGCGCGAUGACCAUGACCCCUGACCCAGUGGCCUGUCAUGAACCCUCCUACAGCAAAUCUCAGCCUUUUUACCUCAGUCCUAUGUUUCUGCCACUUUAUCUGCAGUGUAUUUUAUGCAAUGCCUAUAUUAAGUCC